GUUGAAGACCCCUGCAUCCUCCAGACGGUGGCGGUAAUGUGACACCGGGGGAAAGCAGCUGCCGUUAAACCGCAAUGAAGAAGAUGAACACGUCACUUCCGAGCUGCGACACGCUCGGUGUCGGUGAACGGUCGGUGGCUCCGGUGUAACGUGUUUUUUUUUGUGACGGUGUCUGCACGUUCUCAGCGUCUCGCAGCGGCACGUGUAUGAGGUGUUAACGGAAGUCUACCGGGCCGCGCUUCCGCCAUCAGAAUGAAGAAAAAGAGCUCCGAGAAAAAACGCCAUGUGGUGGCGUGGGUCAACAAAGCUGAGUGGGAUCAGGUUCUGGAGUACCUGUACUCCAAGGAUUCCGCCUUACAGAGGUUUGCCCUGCAGAGGAUCUCAGCCUGGAAGGGCAGGUACGCCAACAGCACACCUGUGGCAGUGGAGUGCACCGCAGACCUGGUGCGGUGCCAGGUGCUGGACAGGUCCAGUCAACUGGACGGAGACGAUCUGAUCCUGCUGUAUGGAGCCGCCCUGGUGAGGUUUGUCAAUCUGAUCACUGAGCGACAGCAGGGGAGAACAGCCCGUCCACUCCGAAGGCUGGCCGGGAACCUAAACAUCCCAGAGUGGGUGGUGGAUCUGAGGCAUGACUUCACACACCGGAAGCUGCCUACCUUGAAAUGGUGUCGAAAGGGCUGUAAGGUGGUUCUGGAGUGGCUCCAGCAGGAGUUCUGGUCCAGGCAGUUGGGAGGAGGGCCCAAUGCGGACUGGGAGUUGCAGUCGGAUGGAGAGGAAGAGGAGACGGACCUAAAGCAACAAGAGGACGAGCUGAUUGCGAGGCAGAAGGAAAUGGAAGCCUACAAGAAGGCGCGGGAGCUCCUGAUAUCGUUUGAGAAGGAGCAGUACCAGGCUGUUGGAGACAGAGAAAAGAGCUCGUGGCCCGGCCCCUUUGCAGACAUGAGCUGGUUACUAGGUGAGAUCAAGCAGUUUGCUUUGGAGUCGAGUGACUUGCUGGUAGACGUGUUGCUGGAAGACGGAUUUCUAGUUCCUACUGUUGAACAACUGGAAACAUUAGGCUGCGACACGUGCGACACUUCCAGUCCCAUUCAACCCAGAGUCCCACAGAACUUCCUGCGUUUUUGGCUGCCCCUUCUGAAGAUGCUCAACUCGCCGUCCUUCAUUCACCUCCUCCUGGAGAAGCUCUUUGUUGAACUGAAGCUGCUCACCAAAGAGCAGAACAAUCACAGGACUUUCUACCUCUCGGCUUGGAUUUCAGAGGUCAUCUGCUGUAACAGCAACAAGUUUGAGUACCAUUUUGAAACCAAGGCACAGAGGAAGAACAGGAUGAAGGACAGGAUUUUUGUCAACCGCAUCCAGCUGAGGUGGCAGCAGCUGCUAUCGGCAUGCCUGGACGCUCCAUGUAUCAGCACGCCUCACUUGCUCCAGUUAAUCCUGGAUGACAUGGAGCAUCCUCUUCCCCUGGAGACUCGACAGAGGCUGCUCCAGCUCUGCUCCAUCUACACACAGACUGCACACUCUGAAUAUGAUCCUUCUCAUGAGCAGAAACAGCAGCCAAUAUACACGCUAGAGAGCUUGCAGGAAAAGUUGCAGCACUCAUGGCGCCACGGCAAACCAUGGCGUUCCACGGCCAACUCUGAGAGGAGCGAGUCCUCCCAGGAGUACAAAUGGGCCGACGUUCAGGCUGAAAAAGCCAAAGUGCUCAGAGGUUCUCCAUGGCAGGUGUGUGUUGAUAAAGUCCAGUGGAAGAACUAUCCUCUCGGUAAAGUCCCCGGACAGUCAGAUGACCCUUCAUGCCUCAUGGUUGAAAAUUACUCAACAAUGACUGUAUUUGACCAGCCGGUGGAGAUGGAGAGCAGCACAGCACGCAGCAUCCCGGGAGGCUCUGCGGCAGUGAGAUCAGCCGACGGCCUGUGGAACCACAGCGACGUGAACAAGCUGAAAUCUGGACUGCAGCUUUUCUGAAUCACGUUGCACUGCUGUGGACUGCUGGCACCUUACUGGAUGCUUGUUGUUUUGACACGUGGAAGAAAUAAAAUGUUCAUAAUGUGUAAACUUCAAGGCAAAACAGUUGGCAGUUAAAACAAAAUGUAAAUGAGUGGAUUAGACAGUUGUCAUUAAAGUCCUUUCUCAGAACAUUCAGUUUCCAGGUUCUUGAAUGUGAGGAUUUGUUUUACAUCACACGGGACCAACUUGCAGCUAAUGUUUAUUUUUUAUUAAUUACAAAGCAAUAAUUUGUAAUUAUUAGUUACAAGUUAAUGCUGAUGGUUUCCUAAAACUCCAGAAAAUGCCUGUUACAAUGAACGUCUUUAAAUGACUUUGUUAUAUAACUUUGUCUUAUCUGGCAUUUUAUUUGUUCUCCUUAUAUAAAGCAUUUGUACAUGUUCAUGUAAUAAGCUGUGUCUACAACAAUGACAACAUUUGGCUAAAACAACAGUGGAAAUAAAGCAGUGAUUUAACGUGCAAGAAUGAAA